CACGUGUUCGAGCAUUCGGCAGUGCUUUUACCUCAAAUAACUGCUCUUGAUUCAGGACAUAUAAACAAUCAUAAUCAUAAACAAGAGAAAAUUUAUUUAUGCCAAAAUACAACAAAACAAAUAAGAAGAAGGUCCGAUUCGGUCAGACAUGAUGGGCAAUUUGAAACUUGCAGACAGUUUGCUGUUGAAAUGCAUUUCUUCUUCAACAGCCAUGGUUCCACACACUUCCUGGAUUUACAGAGGUUUCGUUUCAUCUACAAGGCCUUCACAAAAACUUGCCUUUUGUGAAUUUGGGCAUUUUCGAAUUUCUGCUGUAAGUUACAAACAUUCCUGCCAUGUGAAGUUGUUUAUGAUCGAAAUUGAUGAACAGACGAAGGUGGAUAAAGAGACGUGUCAAAGAGUGGUAGAAGCAGCGGGAGCAGUGAAAGAGGGUGCCAAAGAGGUCAAAGGUGUUGUUCAAGAAGUCAAAGAAGCUGUUGCUUCCGGGGCUGGAUCGGCAGUGAAAAGGGUAGCGGAGAAAGCUAUAGAGAAAGCGGUGGAGGGCGAGGAAGAGAAAGGGCCGUGGGAGAAAGUGAAGGCUACUACUAAGGCUAUCAAGAAAGACGUCAUGGGCGACAAAUCCGACUCCAGCUAAAUCAUUCUUAGCUUACCUCUGCAUUGGAAAGGAAAAGAUAAAGAAAACACUCAGAACUGCAAGAGGCUAAGAGUAUAUUUUUGUAAAGGAGUUGGAAUGUUAUUUGAUGUCCCGGGAUAAAUGAGCACUUUUUUCUUCCUUUGGAUGUGAAAUUGUAGAUUUUAAAGAUUGAUAGUUGAUAUUUGGAAAGAGAACUUAGAGGCAGUAACACUAUUGACCACUUGGG